AUGCCCAAAAGGAAGGUCAGCUCCACCAAGGGGGUGGAGAAGAAGGAGCCCAAUGGAAGGGCAGCGAGGUUGUCAGCUAAAUCUGCUCCUGCAAAAUUGGAAAUGAAAUCCAAAAAGGCGACAGGAAAGGAUAAAUCUUCAGACAAGAAAGUGCAAACAAAGGGGGAAGGCAAAGCAAAGAGAAAACAGGCUGAAGUGGCUAACCAAGAGACAAAAGAAGCCUUACCUGCAGAAAAUGGAGAAACUAAAAAUGAGGAGAGCCCAGCCUCUGAUGAAGCAGGAGAGAAGGAAGCCAAAUCUGAUUAAUAUCAUAUCCCAUGUCUUAUCAGUGUUCCCUGUCUCCCUCCUUGUACAAUCCAGAGGAAUAUUGUUAUCAACUAUUUUGUAAAUGCAAGUUUUUUA